UCACUCACCGUACUGUGCCUCAUAUCGCCAAGGGUUGCGGGACCCAUGCACAUUAGAGCGUUAUCAGGGAGGUCUCCAAACGAAAGCCCAACUCUUUUGCAAGAUCAGAAUGGAUUCGUCAUUGCAAGAUCAAACCCUCGCCAAGGAAAGCCCAGAAGUAUUGGCAUGACUGAAAUUCGAGGUCCAUAUUACUCGGUGAUGGGGAAGCGAUACCUGGCAGACGUGUUGGAGACAAUGGGUGAUCAUGUUGAUGGGUUGAAAUUUGCCGGAGGCUCGUUGAAUGACUAUUUAGGGUCAUUUACGCUGUUCCAGGAGAAAACCCUGCGCGAAUUAAUUGAUCUGGCCCACGAUAAUGGUGUCUAUGUUUCCACGGGUGGAUGGGCUGAGCGCCUUCUCACCCAUCCCGAUCCGAAUACUGUCUUCGACCGAUAUUUAAGGAAAUGCAAAGACUUGGGCUUCGACAUCAUCGAGUUAUCAUCAGGCUUCCUUUCCAUUCCCGAAGACGAUUGGCUUCGACUAGUCGACAAAGUCCAAUCCUACAAACUCGAGCCCAAGCCCGAACUGGGAAUCCAAUUCGGCGCUGGUGGUGACACCCCUACAUCUGGACUCGAAGCCAUCGGUACUUCAGACCCAGGAAAAUUGAUUAACUUGGGCCGCAAGUUCCUCGACGCGGGGUUCAAGCGCCUAAUGAUCGAAUCCGAUGGCAUCACUGAGAAUGUCAAUUCGUGGCGAACCGAUGGAGUCUCGAGGAUCAUGAAAGAGCUUCCACCGGAACGUGUGAUAUUUGAGGCGGCAGAUCCCAAGGUUUUCAACUGGUAUAUCCGUGAGUUCGGCGUCGAUGUCGAUUUGUUUGUGGAUCAUAGCCAGAUUGCGCAGUUGACGUGUUUGCGAUCUGGUAUUUGGGGCACUGCGGAUACUUGGGGGAAGAUUGUGACAUUCAGGCCAAAUUAA